UUUGACACAAUUUGACAAGUGAAGAGUUCAAGAGUUAACGUGAGAACGUGUUUAUUUUUAUUUUGAGAUACUUGCAAGUAUUUGGAUAUAUUACAGCGGAAUAAUAUAUUGCAACAAAAUAUAUUAUAAUGGGUUCUAAAAAGCAUAAGAAAGAAUCGAAAAAGAAGAAGCACAGGAGCCGAUCUCGCUCACCUCUGGAUGGCGAGGAACGCGAACGUAAACGCCAUAAGAAACACAAAGAUCGCAAAAAGGACCGCUCUCCAGACGUGGAGGAGGUGCCGGUGGACUCGCACCUGCGGCCGCCCAGCCCGCCGCCGCGCAGCCGCAGCGCCAGCGUCGACGUCGCCGAGCGGGAGCGAGAGCGUGACCGGCGCGCGAGGGAGGCGCACAGGGCACACAAGGAUGACAGCUUCGGAGACAAAAGUUUGGAGCCGGAGCGUCCUCGCGAGCGGGAGCGUGAGCCGUCUGGUGCGCGCUCGGGCUCGCCGGGGACCAGCUCGGGCGGCGCGGGGGCUGCGGGCGCGGGGGGCGGCGCGCAGGAGAGCCUGUCGGUGGAGGACACCAACCGGCUCCGCGCCAAGCUCGGCCUCAAGCCGCUCGAAGUCGCUGAGGCGCCCGCCGACGACGGCAAGUUCAAGGACGACCUGGGCGAGUUCUACCACAAGCCGGCCGCCAGCAUCACGCAGCAGAAGAAGGCCGACAAGCUGCGCGAGCGCCUCGACGAGCGCCGCGAGAAGCGCAAGAUCGAGCAGAAGCUCAAAACAACUUUGCUGGCGGACGAAGAUGACGGAGAGGAUGCCCUCGCAUGGGUGAAGAAGUCUCGCGAGAUUGAAAAACAGAAACGAGACGCUGCUAAACGGGUAAGUUCAUAA